AUUUAUUGUAUAUGCAAAAUGCCAAAGCGAAAAAUUCCAAAAUUCCAAGAAUUAGAUGCAUCCAUAGAAAUAUUUUUUCCUCCUGAAAAGCCUCAAAUAAAGAUAGAGGAAUUAAUUCAAAAUGCACUAAAAAAAUCAAAUCUACCAGCUAAAAUUCCAAAUGCGUUUAUGAUUUAUCGUCAAGAAAUUUUAAAAGAACUCAACGCCCAAAAUCUUACAGUUGGAAUGCCGCGACUUUCAGUUAUCGCCUCUAAAACUUGGAAAAUAGCAAACCAAGAAAUCAAAAAUGAAUAUUAUCGACUUGCAAAAAGGGCGAACACAGAAUAUAAAAAUUUUCUCUUUCAACAAACUUCAUUCGCUAAUAAGCAUCUUUAUGUCGAGCCAAUAAAUAAUGAACAAAUCUCAUUCUCGAAUCAACAUUUUUAUAACGUAUCGGUACCAACAAAUAAUAUGGAAAAUCAACAAAUCUUGUUCUCUAAUGAACAUUGCUAUACUAAGCCAAUAAAUAAUGUAAAGAAUCUACAAACCUCGUUUUUUGAUGAACGUCUUUAUACAAAACCAAUAAUUAAUAAGGCGGAUCAACAAUUCUUAUUAUCUAAUGAUAUCAUCAUACCUGCACCAACUACUAACACCAAAAUUUGUUCUUUAAUGAACAAUCUUAUAUCGAGACAUUGA